CUGCAAAAUGGCUAAGGAGAAUAGGGGAACAAAGACAACGGGACUUAAACACGCAAUUAUUUGCUGAAUUACAAGCAGCUCGACUCUACGGUGAUCCUUACGACUUCCCUACGACUUGCUUCAGUUGUUGAACGGAAAGUUGCACGGAAUUGCGUUUCCGGGUAACAGUUAAAGUGGACCCUAAAUGCAUCAAGUGCAACAGAAAUAGCAAAAAAUAUCAGCAAACUAAAGAAAAUCAGAUAAAGGCGAUACAGUUAAAUUCGUGACUAGCAGAAAUGCAGAAUAUCGAUGUUUAAAACAACGAAACGAGUGUUUACCGCACCCAGGGACUUUUAUCGGAAACGAGUACGUCUCCCAAAAUGUUCCGGUUGGCAUCAAACAAAUCUGCAUCUCGUUCCCCUUAUGUGUGUGCAAGGUUCUGUGCCCGACCACGUAACGUUAGUUAUCAAUGGAUAAAUGAUUAUACAUUCAUUGAUAUGGCUAUACUUUAUAUAUCAAGAUUGACACAAGAAAUUAUCCAAAACGUUUCAAGGAGGCAAAAUGGAUGAUCAGAUCAUAGCGUGUUGCCCAGACAGCAUUUCUCAGACCUCUGUCAGCAUCUCAGACUUCUCAGAUGAGAUUUUACUGAAUAUCCUGAUAUUCAUUCCAAGCCAUGAUCUGAUGCUCAAUGUGAACAGAGUGUGCCGGAAGUUCAGAAUACUCUGUCUGGAUAGAAGCUUAAGAGCCCAUAUACACCUGCACAAAAAUUAUACGGCAAACGAUGAUGCCGUGAAACAGGUUUUAAAGAACGUUUCCAGUCACAUCCAGACGUUGGACCUGUGUGGCUGUUACUGGUUGGCUGGCUCUACAGUGGACCAGGUUACUCGCUGUAAAGGCCUUGUUAGUCUGGACCUUUCGGGCUGUCGAUUGACGUCUGUCCGUCUUUCCCAUCUGCUAUCCGCACUUCAAUCUCUGCGUUCGCUUGCUCUGGAUGUGGGCCCGGGGUUCGACCUCCAUCAGGUGAGCACGGAGGGGAAAGCUGCUUUGUCGCGCCUGCAGGAGCUCAAGCAGACGUUGCUGACUCCCUCAUAUGGCGUGGUGCCAUGCUGCAGCGCACUGCGCAUUCUGCGUCUCUAUUUGGAAGCCAGCGAGGGCUGGAGAGAAGCAGGCGGUUGUGCGCAGCUGAUGGUGGGUCAGAGCAGCGUGCCGCACUACCAGAACCUGUGCUGGUUUUCUGCACGCUUGGCACCCGGUGAGGUCAAUCGUACCCUUUUGGCACUGUACUUGGCAGUCUUCAGUAUGAGAGUUCCAGAGGGUCUUACAGGACUGGUUCUGUCUGUGCCCGGCCCCGCCCCACCUAGGCCUGUCGCCAUGACGGCGCUCAUGGAGAGCAUGGUGGGAAAUACAGUUAGCACGCUGCAGCUUCCUCGUACGUGGUUGGACGGUGCAAUUUUAGGACGGGUCAUUGCGCACGGCUGCCCAGCUUACCUAAACGUCUCGCGUUGUUCUUCUCCUGGUUUCAACCCUCUGCAUGUGAUGCUUAGUGCGGGCCGUGACCUCUCACCCCUACAGAGUCUCAACCUGCGCGGUUGCGGCAGAGGUCCCAUCCCGGAAAGCUGUGGGAAGGUUGGGGAGGAAAUGGAUGCGGAGAGCGUCAAAGCACUUACCGAAUGUUGCCCGCAUCUUGUUCAUCUCAAUCUGUCUGCCACGCACUAUCAUCAUACUGUUCAGGCUGGACAGGACGGGCAUUUGUGUGGCAAGUUAGGACGUCUCGCUGCCUUGCGCUCGCUAGCGCUUCCUGUCUGUGCCCUGGCGCAAUCCCCACCCGCACCCGUUAACACACCGGACUCUAACACAAAUCUCUCCUCAGGGUCACUGCUACUUGGGCUUAAGAAGAGCAACCGCAUCGGCGUGCCCACAUAUCGACCCAGAACCGAGGACACAGGGGGUGCAUGUAGGGAUCAGCAGCAGGAUAGGACUCUGUGCAUUCAACCGCUGCUUCAGGGUUGCCCGCACCUAGUAGAACUGGAGCUCAUCGGAGCUGGCUUUUCUUCUGCCUUGCCACGUAAUGAGCCGGCCAUGAGGAAGGACCCCGCUGCGUGCCCUUGGUCUCACAGUGUCGGAGAUGGUGAAUUAGCUGCUUUGGGAGGGCUGAAAUUUUUACGCAAGCUCACGCUUGCUCACUUACCUGGAGUGCUGAAGGGAACAGGGUUGAUUGAGCUUGUUCAGGGGUGCAGGGACCUUCAGUCACUAUCGCUGGCACAUCUUGGAUCCUUAAAGAUGAUGAAUUACACGCAGGCCCUGCUGGAGACUCUCACGUACUGCACACAACUACGGGACUUAAGGCUGGAGCAGCCCUACUUUAAUGGGAGCGCUGCAUUUUUUGAAGCGCUCAGUAAGUGUCAGCAGCUGCGACGUCUGUGUCUAGUUUCUCGACAGGGAACCUUUCAUCCCUCCGCUGUGACAGCUUUCAUGCAGAGCUGUGUUGAUGUCAUCAUGUGCCACAUGUUCAUGAAUGGGACACUUGUUACCUGUAAAAUGCUGCAGAAAACCCUGCUGGACAGUCUUUCAUCAUCUCGUCCUGCUCUAAGUGUGGUGAUUUACCCUUUAUUACAUGAGGACCUGGAAAAUGUGAUCAGGGGUAUGCCACUGUGCCAUCUGGACGAGAUCACACUUUUCAAAAGCAGAGUUGCUGAAGAGCCAAUGAAACUGUGACUGAGAAAACAAAAGAGCUAAAAAACAUUUGGUGCUUUUACAUGGGUAAUACACGGACAGUGCUAUUAUCUUAUGGCGAUAUCAUUUUGUUUAAAAAAAUCUUUCAGUGGAUUCCAGGAAUAUUGUUACCCUCUGUGUUGGGUUGAGAGAACUUUUUGCCAAGCGGACAAUCACAAGGUCAUUGUUUUCCAGAAAGCCAGUAUGAAGAAAACUCUGGAUCGAAGUGAAAUGUAAUCUUUGUGAAUGUGCCAAAAUUAAAUCCACUUUUUAUCUUG